ACUAUAAACUGAAAAUGGACAAAAGGACAGGAGAUGCCAUAAAUAGUGACUGCGAGUGUCCGGCAGGAAAAGGACCCCAUGGGACCUGUAAGCACCUAGCUGCUGUCAUGCUCAUGCUGCAGCAUUUUACAGAGACAGGGAAUGUUGCUGUUGAUAAAAGUUGUACUGAAAAUCUGCAGCUUUUCCACAAACCAAAGGCAACUUACCAUGGUGUCCCAGUGGAGGCAGAAAGUAUUCCAUCAAAGAGAAAACUGUCUGACGAAUCUUUGGAGGAUCCACGGCCAGCAAAAUUCAGAAAAAUGCCAGGUUACCAAGAUUAUGUUCGGAGUCAGCUUAUCAAUUACUGCUCUAUGACGUCACAAGAUAUUGCACUCAGAUAUCUCUUUAAAAAGGCCGAUAUACAGGUUGCUGCUGUUGAUCAUCAUUAUACUAGUAUACCUAUUACAGAGUACUGGGUGGAUGAAGCAAACAAGGUGACUGAAGAAGACAUAACAAAGAUUGAAAAAGAAACAAGACAACAAGCAUCAUGCAAACUAUGGUUUCAUCAUAGAUCCUGGCGUCUUACAGCUUCAAGAUUUGGAGAACUCUGCAAGUUGACUUCAAGAAGAAAUAUCACCAAACUUUGUCAAAAUCUGUUGUCUGUAAACAACUCUCUACAAAACAGUGCUUUGGCACACGGUAAAAAUUACGAGUCAAAGGCAUUGAAGUCAUUUGAGUUAAAAUAUGACUGCAAAGCAAGAUCUGUUGGUUUCUGCAUUUGUGCAUCUAAACCUUUUCUAGGUGCUACACCUGAUGCUUUAUUGUAUGAUGAUUGUCUUGUUGAAAUUAAAUGUCCAUAUUCAGGAAGAAAUGAAAAGAUUCUUCCAGGCAAGCAUUUUAGAUUUUUGGAGUAUAAUGAAACAAAUGAAAUCAUCUUAAAAAGAACAAGCAAUUACUAUUAUCAAGUGCAAGGGCAACUUCACAUAUGUCAAAAAAAAGUUUGUUACUUUGUUGUAUACACUUUCAAAGAUUUGUUUGUUGAGAAAAUCAAGUAUGAUGAAGAAUAUUGUACUGGGUCACUCAUUCCAAAGCUAGAAACAUUCUACACCAAGUUUUUCAGACCUUUUAUUGCAUCUACUCUUUGAAGUAUUAUGCAUCAAUAAGAAAAAAUAUUUGUUUUGAGCAUUGCAAUCCACUUAUAUUAAUAGGUAAUUUUAAAACUCAUAUCAUUACAUGUUUUGAUAACAUCAUGAUAAUCUUUUCAAUAUAGAAGUACCUGGUAAAUUGUAAUAUAAUCUAUGAUUGAAAAUUCUAUUGGCUCGCCUGAGCUUAAAACCCAGUGUGAGCUUUUCUGAUAUUUUGUCUGGCAUCCGUCUGUCUGUCCGUAAGUUUGUAAAUUAUUCACAUUCUCGACCUCUUCUGAAGAACCACCUGGCAUUUAAAUUAUUAUUGUUUUAAUUAAUUAAGAUAAAACUUAUAGGGAUAUAAUCUUUUAUUAUCUUUCAAAGCCUUUAAUAGUCAAAGAAAUAUUAUUUAAGCAUCCUUAUUUAUUGUAAAUUUAUAAUUGUCCAAAUCAUGCCCCCUCCCCCUUA